AUGGACGGUGCCGGCGACAGAGGGGAGCGGGGCAGGCGUGGGGUACGGCCCGCAGCCUCGCGGGGCCGGGGCGCGGCGAGGGGCGCAGCCCGCAGCUCCUCGCGGGGCCGCGGCGCAGGCGGCAGCCCGGGCGGCGCGGCGACCCUGGGGGCGCCGAGGAGGGACGGAUCCACCGCCCGGCGAGGCCGCCCGGCGCGGCGACCCUCCGUCGUCAGGAGCCUGCCGGCGGGCCCGGCAGCGGGCGGCGGAGAGGCACCCCCAGCUCCUCGGAGCGGGGCACCAGCCGCCAGAGCCCCCGCGGCGCGGAGGCGAGCGGCGGUGGCCGACGGGGCCGUCGCCGCCCCCGUGGCCGCCCGCCGCCCCCCGUCGGCAGCGGGCGCCCUGCGGCUGCGGGAGGUGCUGUCGCGGCUCAGCCUGGGCCGCCAGGACGUGUCCGAGGCGUCGGGGCUGGUGAACCAGGUCGUCUCGCACCUGAUCCAGGCCAUCCGGAGCCAGGACGACAGCUUCAACUCCAUCGAGCGGCUGGGCGCCGGCAGCUACUACGAGCACGUCAAGAUAUCUGAACCAAAUGAGUUUGACAUCAUGCUUGUAAUGCCUGUUACAAGACUUCAGCUGGAUGAGUGUGAUGACACUGGAGCCUAUUAUUAUGUAACAUUCAAAAGAAAUCCAAAAGAAAAGUAUUUGUUGAAGUUUUUAGAUGAAGAUGGAAAAUUAUCAGCCUUUAAAAUGCUUCAAGCACUAAGAGAAAUUAUUAAACGAGAAGUAAAAAACAUUGAAAAUGUGGAAGUAACUGUGAAAAGGAAGAAGCGUGGAAGCCCUGCAAUAACCCUUCAGAUCAAAAAUCCUCCAGCAGAAAUAUCAGUGGACAUCAUCUUGACUUUGAAAGUUCAGCACAGCUGGCCACCCAGCACACAGGAUGGCCUCAAAAUUGAACAGUGGCUGGGAAGAAAAGUCAGGGGAGACUUCAGAAAUAAAUCACUUUAUUUAGUAGCCAAACAAAACAAAAGAGAAAAGGUUCUAAGAGGAAACACCUGGCGACUCUCUUUCUCGCAUAUUGAGAAGGCCAUGAUCAACAACCACGGCAGCUCAAAGACAUGUUGUGAAUCUGAUGGACCAAAGUGCUGUAGGAAAGGUUGUCUUAAGCUUCUGAAGUAUCUUCUAGAGCAACUUAAAAUGAAAUAUCCAAAAGAGUUGGACAAAUUCUGUUCGUAUCAUGUCAAAACUGCUUUUUUCCACUCGUGUGUCAUGUGGCCAAAUGACACAGACUGGCAUUUGGGAGACCUGGAUCAUUGCUUUCAGAAAUACCUGGGAUAUUUUCUGGAGUGCCUGCAAAAGUCUCAGCUGCCACACUUUUUUAUCCCCCAAUACAACUUGCUCAGCCUGGAAGAUAAAGCGAGCAGUGAUUUCCUUUCAAGACAAAUAAACUAUGAAUUGAACAACAGAUUUCCAAUAUUUCAGGAGAGGUAUUAAAAACA